CUUCGUUUCGUUGGUUUAGUUGAACGAUGAACUUGUUAGUUUGUUUUGUAUUGUGGUCUAAUUUUGCUGUGAUAUGUUAAAUUUAACAUUGAAUAGCAAUGUUAUAAUAUACACUGUUAAAACGUGUUGGUGUUACAUACCCUACCUCAAACGUUUUGUGAUGUUAAAGCAAUAGUAGUGUUAUUUUCCCACAUAAUUAUGGUUAACUGACGUUAGACUGUGCAUCCUCAAUUAUGGCAGACCCAGGUUAUUAUCACAGUGAUUAUAUUCGUCACCCAGUACUACACGAACUGGGUGUCAAGUAUGGCAUCAAGACAGAGUGUAUUCCAGAAAUAGCUUUGCCGUCUAAGCUGGAGGAGCUCAAGGAUGUUAUACGUAGAGAGAUACGUAAGGAACUCAAAAUAAAGGAAGGUGCCGAAAAACUGCGAGAAGUAGCUACAGAUAGGAGAUCUCUUUCUGAUGUUGCUAAUAUUGUAAAGAAAGCUAAUGCUAAACUGAAUGAACUCAAAUCAGAUCUUCAGGAACUGGAAUCGCAGUUGCUCCUGUCUCGCGGACAGUCUACCCCUACCUCUCCGGAAGAUCUAUCCUAUGAUGAAGAAAUCAUUUUGGCAUCUGAAGCAGCACAACAACAAAGGCAGCUUGGUGAAGCAACAACAGAUCGCAAAUUGGCAACUCUUGAAAAACAAUUAAAUAUUGAAUUAAAAGUUAAACAAGGUGCUGAAAAUAUGAUACAGAGUAUCAGCAGCAGCAAUCAAUCAAGAGAUAAAAAAUUGCUAGCAGAAGCUCAUCAGAUGCUUGCAGACUCAAAAAACAAAAUAGAAUAUUUAAAACUACGUAUAUCUAAACUAGUAAAACAACAGAAAGGUGACAUUGCUGGGGCUAAUGGUGAUGGCAGAAGUUCUGAUAUGAGUGGUGUUGAUGCUAUGCUAGAUGAAAGAAUUGCAGAACUCCGAAAUCGUCUCAGAAUAGAAGCAGCUGUUGUAGAAGGUUCAAAAAAUGCCAUAAGACUCUUGCAAAGUGAUAAAAAAGUAACUGACAAAAAAGCACUCCAAGAAGCACAAACCAAUCUCCUUGAGUCAACACAAAAACUUGAUUUACUGCGUAGAUCUUUAGAUAUGCGACGACAAGAAUUACCUACGGAAAGUGCAGCAUUUACUGAGUUAGGAAAUGAAUUACGCAGCACCGGCUCCAGUCCGGGAUAUGUAAGUCUGUCAGGUGGAAGUGGGUCAAAAUCCCAAUUUGCUAUGCCAGCACCUAUGAUCAGCCCAUGUGUCCAAGUAACAGGCACACUUGAAGUUAGACUUAUGGGUUGUCAAGAUUUAUUAGAAGACGUCCCUGGCCGUAGUCGACGAGAUCCAUUGGCAAGUCCAUCUGAUUUGAAAUCAUUUGUCAAAGGUGUCACUAUUCGGAAUUCUAUGAAAUACACAUAUAGCAUUAAAGAAGACACAAGCAAUGAAAUAAUGGCAGUAUUAAAGCUUGAUAAUCAUGCCGUCUCCCAGACCAGUUGGAGGCCUUGUUCUCAACAAGCUUGGGAUCAAAGAUUCACCAUCAAACUUGAUAAAUCAAGAGAAUUAGAAAUUGGAAUCCAUUGGAAGGACUGGCGUGGGUUGUGUGCUGUAAAAUUUUUAAGAUUAGAAGAAUUUAUUGAUGAUAUUCGGCAUGGUAUGGCUUUAGAACUUGAACCACAAGGGCUUUUAUUUGCAGAAAUAAAGUUCUUAAAUCCAAUUAUAUCAAGAAAGCCGAAACUUCAGCGUCAAAGAAAAAUCUUUAAACAGCAAGGGAAGAACAUUCCAAGACCUUCAUAUGGAGAAAUGCACAUACCUGCUGUUGUUCUGGGUAGACUUUUAAAGCGUUCCUCACCAUCCAUUCAAAAUAUUCAAACUGCUCACAUUACACAACAGGCUCAAUUUGAAGCUGGGGCCUUAGACAACAGAGAUUCUGAAAAUCCAAAUGUUACUCUUGGUGGUAUGGCUGGAAUUAGACCUCUGGGCUUGCCUGCUACACCCACAACACCACAAGCUCCAAUUACACCUCCACCAAAACCUUCUCUUCCACUACAACCUCCUCCAAAUGUUUCUACCUUGAGAAUGGAAAAAGAGCUUCAAGAAGCUUUUGCAUUUUUAGAAGAUUCUUAUACUAGGGAUAAUUAUGUCACAAAAGAACCUACAACUCCAUCAUGUGAUACUCCUUUAGUAGAGUAUCCCCCAUCACCAUCACCAAAACUUGUUCUGGAAUUUCCAAGUAAUGAGGACCAAAUUAUAGAAAUAACAAGAGAUAUGCAAAUUUCUUCCUCUCGUUCUUCAUCAUCUGUUAUUGAUACAUUGGGGAAAGAGCAAAUUGGUAGAAAAUUAUCAAAUGAAAUGUCUAUGCACAGUUUUAGAUUGCUAAGUGUUUUGGGCAGAGGGCAUUUUGGUAAAGUUAUACUAUCACAGUACAAACCAACGAAUGAAUAUUUUGCAAUAAAAGCUUUAAAAAAAGGUGAUAUCAUAGCCAGAGAUGAAGUGGAUUCUUUGUUAUCUGAAAAGAGAAUUUUUGAAGUAGCUAAUGCAAUUAGACAUCCAUUUUUGGUUAAUUUGUUUGCUUGUUUCCAAACUGACCAACAUGUAUGUUUUGUAAUGGAAUAUGCUGCUGGAGGUGAUUUAAUGAUGCAUAUACAUGCAGACGUGUUCACUGAGCCUAGGGCAGUAUUUUAUGCAGCUUGUGUAGUUUUAGGGCUACAGUAUUUACAUGAAAAUAACAUUAUAUACAGGGACUUGAAGCUUGACAAUCUGUUACUAGACACAGAAGGUUAUGUAAAAAUUGCAGAUUUUGGUCUUUGUAAAGAAGGCAUGGGAUGGGGUGAUCGCACCGGGACGUUUUGUGGUACUCCCGAAUUUCUUGCACCAGAAGUGUUAACAGAAACCUCAUACACAAGAGCUGUUGACUGGUGGGGCCUUGGUGUCCUUAUAUUUGAAAUGCUAGUGGGUGAAUCACCUUUCCCAGGUGAAGACGAAGGUGAAGUAUUUGAUUCCAUUGUGAAUGAUGAAGUUCGUUACCCUAGAACUUUAUCACUUGAAGCUAUAGCAUUGAUGCGCCGAUUACUAAGAAAGAAUCCUGAACGACGACUGGGUUCGUCAGAAAGAGAUGCGGAAGAUGUGAAGAAGCAGGCAUUCUUCAGAAAUGUUAAUUGGGAACAGCUACUACUUCGUAAAGUUAAACCACCAUUUGUGCCAACAAUAAAUAAUUUAGAAGAUGUGAGCAAUUUUGAUAGUGAGUUUACAUCUGAAGCAGCUGUGCUUACACCUCCUAAAGAACCCCGAGCACUAACUGCAACAGAUCAUAAGCUGUUUGAAGACUUCACAUAUAUGGCUGAUUGGUGCUAGGCCUAAAGGACAUAUAAUUUAAAGAAAUUAGGUUUAAUUUCUCUAUUUAUAAAAACCCCAAUGCCUUACAAGUAUGUGAAAAAUUCUGUAUUUUGAUUAUACCAACGUUAUUUCUACUCGAAAUCAUCAUAACUAGAC